UCUGUAAGGACAACAGCAACAAUCAGUCUUAAGAGUUUGCGUUGUCGUCAGCGCAUCCUGUGCGGAGACGUUUUUGCGCGGACCCCUAAAUGCCUUUCAUUGAGAAAAGGCUUCGGACGUUCAGUGUUGUGAAUGUUUACGAGCAACACAUUACCUGAUUAAGAUGGGAAACAAGCAAACGAUAUUUACCGACGAGCAACUUGAUGCCUACCAGGACUGUACAUUUUUCACCCGCAAAGAAAUUAUGCGGUUGCACAGCAGAUACCAUGAGUUGGCUCCACAUCUUGUACCGAUGGACUACACCAAGGAACCUGAUUGUAAAGUGCCUUUAGCCUUAAUAGUCAACAUGCCAGAGUUAAAGGAAAACCCCUUCUGCAGCAGGAUUGUAGAGGCUUUCUCCGAGGAUGGGAUGGGUAAUCUCAGCUUCAAUGAAUUUGUGGACAUGUUUUCAGUCCUCAGUGAAAUGGCUCCAAGAGAGCUCAAGGCAAUAUAUGCCUUCAAAAUAUACGAUUUCAAUGUGGAUAAUUACCUGUGCAAAGAGGACCUGGAAAAGACCCUGAAUAGGCUGACGAAGGAGGAGCUGACUCCUGAAGAGGUGCAGCUCGUGUGUGAGAAAGCCAUCGAGGAGGCGGAUUUAGACGGAGACAGCAAACUCUCUUUUGCUGACUUUGAAAACAUGAUUACGAGGGCCCCUGACUUUUUAAGUACUUUCCAUAUACGAAUCUGAGAGGGCUCCGUGGAAGGAUUCCAAGGUCGACAGCGUGGUGAACCUCAGGACUCUACCUGCACUCUGUCAUGGCCACAGCACAGUGCCUGUCUCACAAUCCCAACGUCAAAACAAAUCUGACCUCCCCAAGCAAAAUACUGGAUGAAGCUGGAUUCCAAGGACCUGUUAUUUCUUUACUUGAUGGAAAUGUAAUUUCCUUUUACCACCUAUGAAAGGGCUUGACCUGGAUUGGCCUCUUGUUGGGAGAAAGACUAUUCAUUCCACAUUUUAAGGUUUAAUCAUGGUCAGUGAAACAAGUGAGAAAAGAGCCAGACUCUGGAUUGAUGCAUAAAAAGCUCAUCUAUCUACAGUAUAUUGCACAUGAGAUACCCCCAGUGAAGUCUUCCGACACACUAUAUAUGUAUUCAUAAUGCUAAGGUAAAAGGUUGAAGUGAAUGAAAGCACAGCAUUGGUAUUAAGGGCAUACAGCUAUUUUAUACGUGGAAUUCAAGAUGUGUAUUGCUCUGAACAUGUUGGGUUGGGUUUUUUGCUUGUGGAACUGGUGAUGACGACAAUCAUAUCUUACUGUUCUCCAGUUACAUGAAGGGCUCUGUCGUCUGAACACAUGUCGAUAGCUUUUUUCUGCCUCAGCCAUGAUCAUUAAAUACGGCCAUCUUUUGGAUGUACUUGUUACAGUAUUUAAUGUGACUUCAGGUAUUUGUCUUACUUAGAAUAAAUAUGUUUUUCUGUCUUGA